GCUGCAAUGAGGAUGAGAGGAGAAAUAUAGUGAUUCAAAGACACCAAAGAGACGCCCUACACGCUCUUUUGCCCUGUGUGUUGGCCGCCGAGGGACAUUUGGACGCGCAGAGACACAUCUGACUGAGGAGGCUCCGUUUGUCCCUGAAUCCACAGGCUCGGGCUCCUGCAGCCUCGCUCACCUCCGGUCAGGCCAGUGAAGUGCUACCUCCGACCCCGCUGAGAUGGCUCCAACCCUGGCCACAGCGUUCUCCCGCCGCUGGUGGAUGGCGGUGACGGCGGUCAUUGAGAACCUGCUUUUCUCUGCCGUGCUGCUGGGAUGGGGAUCCCUGCUCAUCAUGCUCAAGUCUGAGGGCUUUUACUCCUACCUGUGCAAAGGACCAGAAAACAGCUCCAGCCUCAACCUCUCCAUUGCACCCACAUCGGAGGCGUCUGAGGAGUACCUGGAGAUGAAUGGCUGGACCAUCUGCAAGGACCAGGACGAGAUGCUGAACCUGGCCUUCACUGUGGGCUCCUUCCUGCUGUCUGCCAUCACCCUGCCCAUGGGCAUUGUCAUGGACAAAUAUGGUCCACGGAAGCUACGUCUCCUGGGCAGUGCCUGCUUUGCUUUUUCCUGCCUCCUCAUCGCCUACGGCGCCAGUGAUCCCAACAAUCUGUCCAUCCUGAUCUUCUUUGCGUUGGCGUUGAAUGGGUUUGGAGGCAUGUGCAUGACCUUCACUUCUCUGACACUCCCCAACAUGUUUGGAGACCUGAGGUCGACCUUCAUCGCCCUGAUGAUUGGAUCCUAUGCCUCCUCUGCUGUCACUUUCCCCGGCAUCAAGGUGAUCUAUGAUCUGGGUGCCACCUUCAUCACCAUCCUGAUGGUUUGGGCCGCCUGCGCCUGCCUCGUCUUCUUCAACUGCUUCGUCAACUGGCCUCUGGAGCCCUUCCCCGGCCCAGAGGACAUGGACUUCACGGUGAAGAUCAAGUUCAGCUGGCUGGGCUUUGACCACAAAAUCACAGGGAAGCAGUUUUACAGGCAGGUGACCACUGUGGGGCGCCGUCUCAGUGUUGGUAACUCCAUAAAGCAGCAGCACCAGCCGCCCAAAGACCUGGCCACGCAGGAGGCCAACAAACUGUGCCUGUCCACCGUCGACCUGGAGGUGAAGUGCCAGGCCAAGGAGGAAACUCAGUCCUUCAUGAAGAGUAUCUUCAGUCCCAUUUUCAUGCUGAGCCUCAUCACCAUGUGUGUGACCCAGCUGCGCCUCAUCUUCUACAUGGGAGCCAUGAACACCAUCCUGGAGUCCCUGACAGAGGGAGACCUCAGCAAAGUGAGUGUCUACACGUCCAUCUUUGGCGUGCUGCAGCUUCUGUGUCUGGUCACCUCUCCUGUGAUUGGCUACGUCAUGGACUGGAAGCUCAAAGACUGCGAGGAUGACAAUGACAAGAGCACCAAGAGGGAGCCUGGUCAGCCCCGACCCCCCGACAAACAGAUUCAGAAGAUCGUCAACGCCACCAGAGCCUUUAUCUUCACCAAUCUACUCUUGGUUGGCUUUGGAUUCACCUGCAUCGUCCCUAACCUGCCCCUCCAGAUUCUGUCCUUUAUCUUGCACACUAUUGUCAGAGGCUUCAUCCACUCUGCAGUCGGAGGCCUCUAUGCUGCUGUGUACCCGUCCUCUCAGUUUGGAAGCCUGACAGGCAUGCAGUCUCUGAUCAGCGCCCUAUUCGCCCUGCUCCAACAGCCUCUCUUCAUGGCCAUGGUUGGACCCCUGGAGGGAGACCCUCUAUGGGUAAACGUGGGCCUUUUGGGAGUGAGCUUGCUGGGAUUCUGCCUGCCUUUGUACCUGCUGUGCCACAGCCGCCACCUCCAGCGCCUCAGAGACGAGCGCGAUGAGGACCCAAAGAUCUACGUCAAGAUCAACAAUGGCAGCAAGCCCGAGGCCUUUGUCUAGACCGGGAGGAAAAACAGAGAGAAGGAUGAUCUUUUUAAAAAUCGAGGAGAUGACGAGCUACGCUAAAAAGAGAAAGACAGAGAAAAAGAAAAGAGAGGGAGGGGAGAGCGGUGAAAGUGAUACAUUCCUUCACCCUGUCCUCCCUGACGCUACAGCGACUCUCUCAGUUCAUCCCCUCACAUUCCCCUCAAACACGCUUUUACUCAAACCAUUUUCCUGCCAAUCAGAUGUGGUCAAACACGACAGCACACUACUGUGACACCCAGUUUCACCCUCUCUGAUACUAUACACUGUGAGAAACCUGACACCACACAGCACAGCCACACACAUACGCCCUAUGGAGAGCUCCCUCUCCCUCAACUGCAUCUCUGAACUGAGGAGAAAACAGACUGAUGGGAGAAAGAAGACUUUUUGUGUCUACCCAAAUGACUCCUCUACACAUCUUUUCUUCACUCUUGUUCAUUUUUACACACGUUACUGACUGGUUUAGCUUCGGCCAGUCCUACUUGGAAAAAAUAGAAGAAGAAGAUGAUGCCAGCCAAUGGAAAUCCACUAAGGAGAUUGUGGAGGAGACAACUGUAAAAAAAAAAAAAAAAAAAAAAAAAAAAAAAACCUCAGUGACAGUAUUGUGCUUUUUAAAGUCACCUAGCACAAACCAACUGCUGUGUAGUGAGUGCGUACAGUGGUAACCAUGACAACCUUUGCUCUCUGAUUAGCCCAGGUUUGUCUUGUUUUGAGGACUUCCACAUGAGAAAAAGUCAAAAAAGUGGCACCCUUGGUCGUGGCAUCUCUGCUUCCUCUUGAUGUUGAGGGCAUUAACCGAAUAAGAGUCCACAGACAGCAGUAUUGGUAGCAGUUCAGAUUGAAACACAUAGUAUGAAUUACGGUGGCUUUUUAAUCAGCACAGAAAACACUGCAGCAUCUCUGUGUGUGUGUGUUAGAUAAUGCAGUGUGAAAAAAGCUGGCUAGAUGAAACUACACUGCAUGAUGCCUGAUGGUCCUACAUUGCUGUGUCACUCACUAGUGCAGGAAGACACACUCAACUUGCCAUGUCGGUCUGUUUAUUGUGUGCUCAUGAAUUUCUUUUGUGUGUUUGGAAUAUAUAAUAAUCUGUUGUUCAUCAAAUGUAUUUACUUGCAAUAUGAUCGCAGAUGUGUUGUUGAAUCUUUGUUCCCUAUACAUGAUCUGACGACGUGGAGGAGAAGAUGUUUUUAGAGUAGGUAAGCGGGACAAAGAUAUGGUGUGUUUUUUUAAAGGUGGGAGUGGCGCAGAGGUGGAGCCUCUAUGUUGCUCUACUCACUGCACACAGUCUCGGUUUCGUUGUAGCAAUAAGUGCUUCUGUGAGGUGCUGGGCAUCCUGUUGACACACAAUCACAUGCAGACAGGCAAACAUAUACAUUUUAUGGACUGUAUUUCUAAAACAAAAAGGUGCUAGUUGAAUUACAAAAACUUUUUUUUUUGUGCAUUUUUUCUUUUUUUCUUCUAUUAAAUUACUCACAAUAGCUGUUUCUCUAUUGACACAGUGGAUUCCAAAGACCCAGUCAGGUUACCAUUUCUACUGGCGACUUUGCUUGUGGUUUCUUAUCCAUUUUGUGGUAAUUCUGCACUGUAACACAAAGUGCAACAACAGCAGCAUCUCUGGGAAACUUGAAUUCACCUCUUACAGACAUAAAGGGAGAUUUGCUUGAAGGCAGCAGGCUGAUGAGGACGCAUUCCUCCAGGUUCUGAGAAAAAGUGAUGAGACUGAACACAGACAAUGAAGAGUCAUAGCAGAAGCAGAGCGUGUAGAGAGUGAUGCAGGUGAUAACUGCUGUUUGAUUUGGCCUGCUGUCUUCAGAUGCCAUACAGAAAAGCUCCUCAGAUAUUUCCUGCCUGGCAGUAACUCACAGAGGCACUUCCAAAGACAGCCAUGACCCUCAGAGUGCCUCUCUAUGUGUACAGAUGAUGGGAGGAGUGGAUCCAGGCAGGAUGUGGCGCACCCAGUCCCUCUCUCUCCCCCUAUCUACCCAUCCACCUAUCACUUUCAUCCAUCCAUCCGUCCGCAAACAGGUCCUGAAAUGUUUACCAAUGCCAGGUGACAGAGCUGAGAGACAAGCCUCCGCUGCCAUCAGAUGCUCCCAGUGAAUGACUUAGUGAGAAAUGAAUGGCACACGAUGCACUUUAGAACCUCUAGAAAUGGACCUCAGUCAUGCAUUUGCCUGCUCACACUGUAUCGUACACGCAGUGCAUGGCUGCUCGCUGGUGGUGCAUAAUGCAGAGAAUGUAUACUCAGAGCUUCAGAUGUAGAUUUUUAAUUCAGAACAUGGGAACGGAAAGAUGCUGUUAUUUUUUAUACUCACAGAAAGAAAAAUUAUCGCUUCAUAUGUUCAAUAUAUCGCCUUUAUUUGCAUGGACAGUGUGGCGGAGGCUGUCUCUCAGCUCUUUCAUAAGCGUUGGACAUAACUGUAGGCAUGUACAUCCUCACUAAACUGCAGGGUUUCUGUAAAGGAGAAUUUUAUGGAGUAAAAUUGGUGCAGAAAUGAUUUAACUGUGUUUCGUUAGAUGACAAAUGUGAAGAAAUGUGAAGAAGUGUAGUGAAGUGUACAUUUGUAAUUAAAACGAUUGCAUAGAAAGCUCCAAUUAAAUGUUAUCUAAUACACACCUGGCAGACAUCUGUGUAGGAAAAUUAAAUCAUGCAGAAGAAAGUAAUAAGUCCCCACACGAUGCCAGCACUCAUUUACUUAAAACUUGACAGUUUUUGGUUAUUUGUUAGACAUCAAAGUCUAUGACCAAAACUUUGGAUUUUAAAUCAACUUAAAGAGAUAGUUAGUGUGCAGGAACUCAUUACAUUCUAUUGCAUUUCUUUAUCUAAGCAUUCACAUUACUGUAUCUCUGAAGUGCAAAUCGUGUGUAACAAAAACAGAUAUCAGUCCAUACAUCCAAUUUUCACCACUUCUACCAGGUCUGGGUUGUCUGGGUCCGGGUAGGAACAGGGUUAGUAAGGUCUGCCUGGGGCAGAGCUGGAUGUCUUUAUUAUCUUUAUUAGUACGUUGCAGAUACAAAGCCCACACAGAUUGUGCACUGUUAUUCUUUAAAAGCUGCGUGGGGGGAAUUCUCCUAUACAAUGCCAGUUUUGUACUUAAGAGAUGCAACAAUAACAAUUUGUGCAUAGAAAUGUGCAAAUGUAUUUGCGAUGUAGAAAUCUUUAAUCACAAGUUCACUGUUUCUUUUCACUUCACAAAACCAUAUUCACAUUUGCCUUUCUAAAAAAACACGUGUAACUAAUUUAACUCCAUAGAGUGUAUCUCGUAGCAUGCUGCUGUGUAACUCUUCCUGUGGUUUGACGUGAUGUUCUGACAGGCUGCAGGUACAGAUACACUCUGACGCAGUACUUCAGCUCUAUGAAUGUGGGUGAUGAUGGACAUUGAUUUUUCAUUUGCCUGGUAACCCAUCCUGAACUCACUCUGGGGCUGAAUAUGAAAUCAGCCCACUCGCAGACUGUUUUCCUUCAGUCUGUGAAUUGAAGAUGUGAUAGUGGAGUGUAUGAGUGAUGAGUUACCAGGUGAACUCCUCAUUCCCUCAGAAUGGGAAACUAAUCAGCACUUUCCUUCACUGCCGUACCUUAAACGACUGUCCUCCAUGCCAUCACCUCCCCGCUCUCACCCCAACCUCCUAGGAUAGGGAUUCUACAGUAGUUUGGUUUAUUGAUUGAUGUACUGAUGGAUUGUUUGCUCAGAAGAUGAAUCCUAGUGUGUUUUUAUGACAGGAAGUGGGGAUUUCAGCUGGAACACAGACACCUUGUUUCUCUCCCCUGGCAUGUACCUUUUGUAUUUUUUCUACCUACCAUGCUCCAGUUUAGUUUUGUUGUCUUCGAUUAAGCUUUUUUUCCCCACUGAUGUUUACGAGAAUGUGUAUUUUCAUGGUCUUAUAUUGUAUAUUUGGUUCUCUUUUGUCUUGUACCGCAGUAUAGCCAUUGUCAUUGACAUUUUAAGUCAUGUCAACUGAAAGAAAAAAGACAGAUCAAUAUAUGAAGCAAAAUAAACACAAUAAUUUUUA